AUAAAGUCUUAUCACUUGGGGACCCAAAAAAAGAAAAACAAGUAGAGAGAGAUCUUCGUCUCCAAAAAGAAACCACACUUGUUUAACAGAAAGCUUCGUUCUUUGUAGCUCUGCAGAACCAAAAUCACAACCCCACCAAGCUAUUAUGUGAAGAGAACCAAAAAAAAAAGGGCUCAUCUUUUUCGUUCUGGGUUUCUCGAAUUUCACAUCAAAAUCCCAUCUUUUUUUUUUUUUCUUUUUUUUGAAUUUGUGAGAUAUGGAGCUUCAGAGAUCAGCUUUGGGACUCUUUCUAGGGUUUCUGGCGCUGACGAUGGCGCCUUUAUCGAUGGGGAGGUUCGUGGUGGAGAAGAACAGCUUGAGGGUGACGUCACCGGAUAAAAUCAAAGGGAAAUAUGACAGUGCCAUUGGCAACUUUGGGCUUCCUCAGUAUGGAGGGAGCAUGUCUGGGGGUGUUAUAUAUCCAAAGGAGAAUCAGAAGGGGUGUAAGGAGUUCUCGGAGUUUGGGCUUUCGUACAAGUCCGAUCCCGGAGCUCUGCCGACGUUUCUGUUGGUCGAUCGUGGAGAUUGCUUCUUUGCCUUGAAGGUUUGGAAUGCCCAGAAGGCUGGAGCUUCUGCAGUCCUUGUCGCUGAUGAUAUUGAGGAGGCGUUAAUAACUAUGGACACACCAGAAGAAGAUAUUUCAACUGCCAAAUACAUUGAAAACAUAACUAUACCAUCUGCACUCAUUGAAAAAAGUUUUGGUCAAACAUUGAAGAAGGCCAUCAGUUCUGGUGAUAUGGUGAAUGUGUACCUUGACUGGAGAGAAUCUGUUCCUCACCCAGAUGAUCGUGUGGAAUAUGAACUAUGGACCAACAGUAAUGAUGAAUGUGGGGUUAAGUGUGACAUGUUGAUGGAAUUUACAAAGGAGUUUAGGGGUGCAGCCCAGAUACUUGAAAAAGGGGGUUACACUCAGUUCACACCGCAUUAUAUAACUUGGUACUGUCCCAAGGCAUUCACCUUGAGCAAACAGUGCAAAUCUCAGUGUAUCAAUCAUGGAAGAUAUUGUGCUCCUGACCCUGAACAAGACUUCAGCACUGGUUACGAAGGGAAAGAUGUGGUUCUUGAAAAUUUAAGGCAGCUGUGUGUUUUUAAAGUAGCUAAUGAGACUCGAAAGCCUUGGGUAUGGUGGGACUAUGUGACUGAUUUUCAAAUCAGAUGUCCAAUGAAAGAGAAAAAAUACAACAAGGAAUGUGCUGAGGCUGUCAUUAAGUCUCUUGGGCUUGAUAGUAAGAAGAUCGACAAGUGUAUGGGAAACUCAGAUGCAGACUCUGAAAAUCCUGUUCUGAAAGAGGAGCAAGAUGCUCAGGUUGGGAAGGGAACAAGAGGUGAUGUGACCAUAUUGCCUACACUUGUUGUCAAUAAUCGACAAUACCGAGGAAAGUUGGCAAAAAGUGCAGUUCUGAAGGCCAUCUGUUCUGGUUUUGAAGAAACUACUGAGCCAGCUGUUUGCUUGAGUACUGAUGUUGAGACAAAUGAGUGUUUGGACAAUAAUGGUGGUUGCUGGCAAAAUAAAGCUGCCAACAUUACAGCCUGCAAGGAUACCUUUCGUGGGAGGGUAUGUGAGUGCCCUCUUGUUGAUGGUGUGCAGUUCAAAGGAGAUGGUUACACUACCUGUGAAGCAAGUGGGCCUGGGAGGUGCAAGGUAAACAAUGGAGGUUGUUGGCAUGAAGCUCGAGAUGGGCAUGCAUUCUCUGCUUGUACAGAUGAUGGAGGGGUGCAAUGCAAGUGUCCUCCUGGAUUUAAAGGUGACGGUGUGAAAACUUGCGAAGAUAUUGAUGAAUGCAAAGAGAAGAAAGUCUGUCAGUGCCCUGAAUGCUCCUGUAAAGAUACCUGGGGAAGUUAUGACUGCUCAUGUAGUGGAAAUCUUUUGUAUAUCAAAGAUCAUGACACCUGCAUAAGCAAGACUUCUGGAGGAUCAAAAUCAUCUGCAUGGGCUGCUGUGUGGGUUAUUUUAAUUGGCUUGGCUAUGGCUUCUGGUGGGGCAUAUCUUGUGUACAAAUAUCGAUUACGGUCAUACAUGGAUUCAGAAAUUAGAGCUAUAAUGGCACAGUAUAUGCCUCUGGACAGCCAAGCCGAAGUUCCCAAUCAUGUGAAUGAUGAGCAUGCGUGAGACAGUAAAACCCAUCAUUAGGCCUUUCUUUGGACCUCAUGAGGUGCAGCUUGAAUAUGAUUGUGAUACGUCUUUCUUAUUGAAGUUCUGGAAUUUUGACCUAAUCAUAUUCCCCUACGGUCAUGUUCCCCUACGUCAUGUUGGAUUGUAAAUGCAUGCAGAAUAGAAAUUAUCAUGUUUUUUUUAGGACUGUAACAUGCCAAUCCCUUGAGAGUAAGGAGGAUUGCAAGGAGUUUAGCUGUAGUAUCAUACAAUUCUCUUCACAUCCUUGAAUACUGAAAUCUUUCCCCUAAUUAAAUUGUGAUUCUGUAUUUUACUAUUGUCUUGUAAUAUGGAACUGACUUGAUGUCAUAGUUUAAUCUUAUGAAUCAAAUAUUUGCACAAAACAA